AGUUGUUUACCAACCGCUAAAAAAAUACAAAAGAAGAAGAAAAGCAAGAAAGCAGCGACAGGAAACGUCCCAGCUCUCCCUCCUCGACUAUUACUCAACAAAACACUCGAGUUUAGUUCAUCAAAUGUGUGAAGACCUCGCUGAGCGCUAUGUCACACAAAAGAGACCGUAGAGUUGGACCUCCAAUCCCCCGAAUUCGUGAUGACUCCAGACUCAUGCGCAUGCACGAGUCCAUGGUGGAUUACCUGACCGGACGCUCCUCCUGCGGUACCUUCAUGCACAUGCUCGCUCCUUCUUUCUUCGGUUUGAAUGUUUUUGAGUCGUUUGGGGAUGACCUGAUCUAUUCAGACGACGAGGACGAUAGUCAUCUUUUUGACUCUUUAGAGCCACAUCCACAAAUCAAGCAGCUGAGUGAUGAGGAGGAGGGUUCAUUUAUUAAAGAGGAAAGGGACGAGGACAUUCGCCGCAGGGACAAAACCGAGAAAAACAAGCGGAAAAAAAUGCGCAAAAAAGCAAAGAAGCGUAUGGAAAAAGAAAACGCACUAAGAGACACUUCCCUGGAGGAAAAUCACGGCGAUGAAGACUCAGAAAAUCCCGAGUCACUUUUCAAACUGCAUGAAGACUCUCAGGCAAAAGACUUUUCAGAAUCUCAGAUGAGUGCUGAGGCAGCAGGAAGUGAUGACAAAGAGGGUGAUGUGAGAGCGAAGAAGAAAGGAAACCAUCUGUUAAAGGACUCGCAGGAUCUGGACUUCCAGAGUUCAGCUGCUCCAUCAGUGCCUGCAGAAACCCAGAAGCUUCCCAGAAAUAAAGGCAAAGGUGUGGAGGAACAGCCAAAGGCUACACACAACCAUGAGGAGUAUCUAGAUGUGGAGGAUCUAUGGACACUUUUUGCUGAAGCUUCUUUUGAGGAGACACGUGAUCAGAAAACCACCAAAGAAGAAGAAGAUGAAGCCCAGCAGAACAAACACACACCUGUAAAGAAGGAGCAGGACUCCACUGCACAGGCCGCUGUAGAUCGUCCAGCAGAGGAGUUUGCAAAAAGGAGCGUAGAUCUUGCCAAUGCUGGGAACCGCCUAGCGGCCUCCGGACAGUUUGAGCUGGCCGUCAAAUGCUUCACUGAUGCCAUUAGAUACAACCCCAUGGAGUUCAAGUUGUUUGGAAAUCGUUCCCUGUGCUUCGAGCGGCUGCAGCAGUAUGGAAACGCCCUUCGGGAUGCUGAGCUGGCUCUCUCUCUGGAGCCGAACUGGAUCAAGGGUCUGUUCCGGAAAGGAAAAGCUCUCUGCGGCCUGAAGAGGUACUACGAAGCCUCGCUGGUCUACAAGGAGGUUCUGAAGCUGGACAGUGCGAGUGCUGAUGCUGUGCAGGAGCUGAAGAAGGCCCAGACCCUGCACCUCAUGGAGAUGGGAUUCUCCUGGGCGAAGAGCUCUGAGGCCCUGAAGGCUCACGGCUCCCUGGAGGAGGCCGUGGAGGCUCUGUUUGCUGCAGACGCCGGUCCGGGUCCUGCAGCCGGGUUCAGAGCAGAGAGCGCUGCGCAGCAGGAGGAAGAUGACGAUGAGGGGGAGUGGGUCAUCCUGCAGCGACGCUCUUCUCGGUCUCCACAGAGCCGCAAGUCUGAUGCUCAGGACCAAACCAGACCCAAAUCAAAGUCCCCGCCCAGCAGGAGUCUUACCAAAGAGAGCCUCUCUUCUGUGUGGGUGGGAACGUUGGCCCCCUCCAUGACCUAUGUCAAACUCCACGAACUCUUCAGCAGAGCUGGAACCGUCUACAGCAUCAAGAUGUUGCUGGAGCAGAAGUGUGCCUUAAUUUACUACACCAAGAGAGAGGACUGUGAACAAGCCAUCCACUGCCUUCAUGGGAUGGUGGUGGACGGGGCUCCUCUGAGCGUACGGUAUCCCUUCAACGGUGGAAAAUCCGGAUCUGCUGACGGACGUUCAAGUCUGCAGAAGAAGGAGUGCUUCUUCUGGAGGACAACGGGCUGCACGAGGCCAGACUGCACCUUCAAGCACCUCCCUGAGCACAAGAACAUCGACAAAGACAAGUUCACCAGCCGGCUGGGGCAGGUGGGCCACCAAUGAGGACUUGCAUGCAGAACUCCCUCCUGUUUGCCAUACAGCAUCAGAAGACUACUUUAUAGACGUGCACGGCCAUCGCAGCUGCAUGACCGUAGCCACAUAUGAGCUGCAGUUGUGUUCUUACACUGUCAUGUUACUGUGCCUUAAUGCUAAGCAUGUGCCUCAGGGUUUUGUUAAAAUGUUAUAGUUUAAUCUCACAUUUCAGCUUGAAAUGGUUAAAAAAAGUUGAGUUUGCUGCCACCACCAGGUGGCGUUGUUGAUUUUUUAAAAAUUUUUUUUUUCCUUAUUUUAAGGCUGGAUUUUAUGUUAAAAUAAAAUCAACAAUAGAUCAAGCUGUUGUCAUGAAACUCAAAUGAGGCGUCUGCUGUGACAUGUUUCUGUAGUUGAAGUUCGCAAACGCCCUCAGCUGCCUGUUUAUGUUCACUUUGUUGAAAAUAAAUGUAAAAAACAAAACUGGGGGGGCGUUAAGUCAAACUCCCUAUAAAAAGAUGUCCCUGGUUGGAAAUUGUUGCUUCAAGACAACAAAAAAUAAAGCAAAUAUUGAAAAACUGCUGACCUGAUCAAUCAUGUUUAAUGUAAAAAAAAACAAACACACUGCUCUAAAAAAAUAAAGGGAACACUGCAAAAACGCAUACUUGAACAAAUUAAAUAUUCUUAUUGCAUAGUUGUUGUAUGUGCUGACAACACAACCACA